GUGCGGAUAUGCCAUCCCUAACGUCUGCAUACAUAUGUACAUAUAUAAAAAAUAUGCAUAAAAUAUUAAAUAAAGUGUUGAAAGAACGUUAUUUUGGUUAUGUAAAUUAUUAAAUAUUUGCAUACGCAAUAAUAGAAUCUUGUGACGCAGAGAUACGAAAAGCGAAAGCUUUGUGUGAGACUUUUUUGUUAACCGCAGCUUCACUUAAUACGGCAUGGACAUGAGUGCUGCAAUGCUUGCGCGCGUGUCUUUCUAUCCAACAUUGCUUUACAAUGUUUUAAUGGAAAAGGCCACUUCAAGAAAUUGGUAUGAUCGCAUUGAUGACAAUGUCAUUUUGGGUGCAUUGCCUUUCCGUUCGCAGGCAAACGAAUUGAUGACCAAAGAAAAUAUGAAAGCUGUCAUAUCCAUGAACGAAGACUACGAACUCGCCAUGUUCUCUAAUGAUGCACCUAAAUGGAAAUUAUUAGGAAUUGAAUUUCUCCAACUGCCCACAACAGAUAUUUUUGAAUCGCCAAAUCAAGAUAAACUUUAUAAUGGAGUAGAAUUCAUAAAUAAAUUUAUACCUAAGGAUAAGCGCAUAAAAGGUUUGAGCACCUCGUCCGAAUCAGAAAAUAAUGGAACUGUGUAUGUGCACUGCAAGGCGGGGCGAACGCGCAGCGCUACACUUGUUGGUUGUUAUUUAAUGAUGAAAAAUGGUUGGACACCGGAACAAGCUGUGAACCACAUGCGUACCUGUCGGCCACAUGUAUUAUUACAUACAAAGCAAUGGGAUGCCCUUAGAACAUUCUACAAAAAGAACGUUGAAAAUACGUGACACUGAAACCUCUAUGCAUAUUUAAUUCAAAUGAUAUUUAAAUUCACGAUAUAUUUCUAUGUACAUAUUCGGUAAUAAAGUAACCAAAUAUCAGUUGUUAUAUACCUUGGA